UAAUUGAAUUAUUUUUUUUCCUGUUUUUAUUUUUUUUUUUUAAUUAAUAAUUACAAAAUCUAAAAAAUUGAUAUUUAAAAUUUUUAAAAGGCAAUUUUUUUUUUUUUUUUGUUGGGUAAAUCGAAUAACUUAAAAACGUACACAUAAAAAUAAGGAAAAAGAAAAAACUAAAAAGAAUUUAAUAGAUGAGAAUUAAAUACAAAAAAAAAACAACAGAAAAACAAAACAGAGAUAAAAUUCAAAACGCUCUAAAAUACAAUUAUUAUAUGUACAUACACAGCUAUCUAAAAAAACAACUAAAAACGAAAGAAAAAUAAUAAAAAAAAAAAACAAUUUUUUUUUAAUUAAAAAUUAACAACAUAUAUAAAAACAAAAAUAAAUAACGUUAUAACAAUAAUAAAAAAAAAAGAGAUUUUGUUUUUACAAUCAAAAUAAUUUGAGUAGGUAUUACAGAAAAAUACAAAAACAAUAAUAAGCACAAAAAAAACUUUUAAUUUAAAAAAAACAGUGAGAGACACAGAAUGACAGAACGAGAAUUUUGAAAGAGAAAUUCAAAAACAAAAUAAUAAUAAUAAAGAAAAAGAAAAAAAAAACAUUUUUCACAUGCGCAUUUUCCAACGUGAAGGCAAAAGGCACACCAUUAUGAUAGUUGCUAGUACAUAAAAUUAUAAAAAUUAAAAACACUACCGGCGUUCGCUUAGAUUUUUAUUAAUUUUUUUUUUUUUAAAGUAUUUCACAUUUUUAUUAAGAGAUUUAAGUGUUAAAAAAAAAAACAUUUUUAUAAAAAUAAAGAGGAAGAAAAUUCAAAAAUUUAAAAGAAGAAAAAAAAAUAUUUUUACAUACAUUUUUAAAUUAAUAACAAUUUGAUUCAAAAACAAUAAAAAAAAAUGGUGACACUGGCAACAAACAACAAAAUGUUUUAAACGAUUAAAAAAAUAUGAUUUUCAAUUAAAAGGAGAAAAAAGUCAAAAAUAUAAAUAACAAAUUUAUUAUUAUUUAGAGAAAAAAUAAAAAAAAAAUAAUAAUAACAACAACAACAACCAGCUACAAAUCUAAAAACAAUUCUUUGAAAAAUAAUUAAUUUUUCCAGCAAAAAACACAAAAAAAAAGAAGUAGAAAAAAAAAAUAUAUCAAUUUUUUUUCUAAUAUUUUAAAUAAAUGUUGAAAAGAAAACGAGGACGUAAAAGACGUAGAAACGACGAUAUGGGUGAUUUAGAUAUUAAUCUAAUACAAGAAUUUUCUAAACGUCCAGCAUUUUAUGAUCGCAGUGAUCCAAAUUUCAAGGAUAAAGAUUAUUUACAAAGAUGUUGGGAAGAUGUAUCAUUAGCAUUAGGAUAUGACGUGUCAAUGUUAAAAGAACGCAUAUAUCAAUUGAGAAAUCGCUACAAUUUAGAAAAAAGACGUUUGGAAAAUUUAAAAUCAGAAAAUCCAGAUACUGCAGUUGGAUCACCAUGGGCAUUAUUUAAUCAUUUACAAUUUCUUGAUGGUCAUAUAAAACCACGUCGUUCAUAUAAAACAAUGAUGAAACGUGGUGAUAAUCCAAAUUAUAUUGAAGGUUCUAGUAAUUUGGAUAGACCAUCAUCGACAUCAUCAUUAAUGAUUAUUAAUAAUCCAAAUAAAAUGAAUGGAAUCAAAAUUAUGGCUGAACAUCGUUAUAUACAACAGCUUAAAGAACGUACAGAUGCUCAAUUACCAUCAACAUCCAGUUCAACAAAUAAUAAUUUUGAUAAUGUUGCAAAUAAUGUUGAAAUUAAAAGUGAAAAUGAUUCAGAUGAUAAUGGAUCUGAUGAUGACACAAAUAUGAGCACUAAUGGCAAUUAUGUGGAUGCAACUGGUUAUCUGGUAAAUGGUAAUAGCAGCGAUAAUCAAGAGAUAACAGUUACAUCACCAUCCCAACCAACCACUAAUCUACUUCCAAAUAUUGCAAAUUUACAAAGUAUACAAAAUUUACAGAAUUUGCAAACUUUACAAAAUUUACAAAAUCAGCAGCGACAAAUUCAACAGCAACCAAUACAACAACCUCAUCUACAGCAACAAAUCCAUCUAAAGCAACAACAACAACAACCUGUUCAACAACAGCAACCGCAACAAUUACAGCAAUUACAAUCAUUGCCCAUACAAGGUGAAAUUAGUGUACGAAAUAUAUCGCAAAUGCUUCAGCAACAACCAAUUCAACAGCAACAAGAACAACAACAACAACAACAGCAACAACAACAACAACAGCAGCAACCACCACAGCAACAACCACAACCUUUUGUACAAAUACCAAAAAAACCGAGACGUUUGGUGUCUAGAUCUGAAAAAUAUGAAGCAUUUGGUCGAUUCCUUUCAGCUAGCCUUUGUGAUUUAACUGAAGACAAAGCUUUAGCUUUAGUUGAAAAAUUUACAACAGAAGUAGUACGAGCUCUCAUUGAUAAUCAUAAUAAAGAAAUUAUUAAUGGUUAUAGUAAUCAUAAAAAUUUAUAAUUUAAUGUGUAAUUUUCAUUUUUCUUUGUUAGUUGGAAAAGCAAUUCCUUAAAAAUAAUUAAAUUCAAAAUUUAUUAUAAUUUUUAUAAGUGUACUCAAAAAUGACUAAAAAAAACUUGUUUUAUUAUUAAAUUUUAAAGGCUAUUAUUAAUUUAUGUUACUAUUAUAAUAAUGUUUCGACUGAUUAAUUAAU